AUGGUGAACGUGAUUGUCGUUGCAGGGGCCGGCGUGAGUGGUCUCACUUCAGCACUUCUCCUUUCGAGGAGCAAGGCCAACAAGGUCACCGUGGUUGCAAAGCACAUGCCGGGUGAUUAUGAUGUUGAAUAUGCCUCACCUUGGGCCGGAGCAAAUGUGCUUCCAAUGGCCGACGAGGAGAAUAGUCGAUGGGAGCGUCGUACUUGGCCAGAGUUGAAGCGCCUGACGGAACAAGUUCCCGAAGCGGGAAUUCACUUUCAGAAAGCCCGUGUUUAUAGAAGAGUCAAGGAUACGGAAGCUCCCGGAUAUCAUCUAUCCGACCAUCUGUUCUCGACAGACCCUUGGUACAAAUCGGUGCUCCCUGAUUUCCGCGAACUGAGCCAAGACGAAGUCAUCCCGGGCCACGAUUCGGGAUGCGAGUUUACAAGCGUGUGCAUCAACACGGCCGUCUACCUCCCAUGGCUCGUCGGCCAGUGUCUCAAGAACGGCGUCGUGUUCAAAAGAGUCGUCUUGACGGACAUUCGCGACGCAAAGUCGCUCAGUCACACCGGCCAGCCGGCAAACAUCAUCAUCAACGCUACGGCCUUGGGGUCUCUCAAGCUCGGGGGUGUCGAGGAUACCACCAUGGCACCUGCUCGUGCGCAGAUUGUCCUCGUGCGGAACGAGUGCCAUCCCAUGAUUGCCACGUCGGGAACUGACGACAGCUCUACGGAGAUAUCGUACAUCAUGCAGCGCGCCGCCGGCGGAGGCACGGUUCUCGGCGGGACGUACGACGUCGGUAACUGGGAAUCUGCGCCCGAUCCAAACAUUGCGGUUCGCAUCAUGAAGAGGGCGGUAGAAGCUGCGCCGGGGCUGACGGGGGGGAAGGGGAUUGAGGGGCUGAGCGUGAUUAGACAUGGCGUGGGUUUGCGGCCGUGGAGGAAGAACGGGGUGAGGAUUGAGGAGGAGGGUUUGGAUGGGGAGACUUCGAUUGUGCAUAAUUAUGGGCAUGCGGGAUGGGGGUAUCAGGGCUCGUAUGGAUGUGCGGAGAGGGUUGUUGAGCUGGUGAAUGAGAUUCGGGAGAGGAAUGGGGAGGAUGUGAGUGGUGAAGGCAAGGUGUUUUCAUGGGCUUAA